AUGACCAUCUUACGUCUCAAUCGCAAGACUAGUUCAAAUCCGUUCCUGCUACCACCCAGAGACCUAGAGGUGCCCGAAAAAUACCUCCAGAUCCGUGUGAAGUAUUUGCAAGCAUGGCGCAUCUCUCACAAACGCAUGUCCACCAACUUCCUUCCAGGCCAAUGGGACGACCGCGUUCGCUAUUGGAGCAACCACCAGGAACAUCGCGACGCACGGUUCAGAAUCAUCAAUGGCCCCAACCGCGAUGCGAACGAAGCCGACGGCGCUGUCCCACAUGGCAUUCCAAGAUUCUGGCUAAAGGCAAUGAACAACCAUGUUGAAAUCGGGUGCAUGGUACGUCGCAAGGAAUUCAAGCCGCUUGAGCACCUCACUGACAUUCGCCUGGAGUUUGGUGAUGGUUACGACUAUACAUUGAUCUUCUCCUUCGAGGAGAACCCGUUCUUUUCGAAUACAGAACUUCGCAAGUGCUUUAACUUCCUGUCUUUUGAUAGGAUCACUGGUCUUCCGAAGCCUUGGGAGGCGACGUCUGAUACUAUCAAGUGGAAGCCGGGGAUGGACGUUAGGAAGCUGCCUAACCGUGAUACCGUUCAGCACAACAACUGGCCUCCGUUCUUCAACUGGCUCUCGGAGACUGUUACCGAAGCUCAUCCAUUCAAAAUCCAGCAGCAUUUUGCCAUUGGAGAAGAGUUCAAGGAUGACCUUGUUGUCCGCGCUGUCGAUUGGUAUACUGGUGCUUUGAAGCACAAGUCUCGAUAG